AAGUAAUAUUUUUUUAACCAAGUAAUAUUUUGAUAAGAGAAAAUUUCGAUUCUAAGCAAAUGAUAUUUUAUGCAGCUAAUUUGGCAAAAAAAGGAGAUAUUUUUUUUUAAUCAAAAAAAGGAGAUAUUUUUUUAUCAAAAAAAAAGAAGAAGAUAUUUAUGCAGCUUUUGAUCCAUUUUUCCAUCCUUUUAGUUUUUUCUUUCAAAUACAAAAAUAGAAGUGAUAUCUGAUUUAUAUUUAAAGGAUGAAUAAAUUAGUGAAAUGGUAACUAUGUGAUUUACAUUUCUCACAAAGUUAACUACAUGAUUUUAGAAAAUAAAAGGCAUCUUUGAAAUUAUUGGAUGAAGCAAACAAAAGGACUAUCUAUCAUCACAUCUCUCCUUUCGCUCUCUUCCAUCUCUAAAAAAACCAAAGCUUCAGAUCUCCCGUCUCCGGUCCGGCUCCUUGCCCGGUACCGGAGGACUCCUCUUUAACCCUUCUCCUCUUUUCUUUUUUGCCUUCUUCCUUUAGUCUUUUUCUUAAGGCGAAAUACUUGCUGCUCUGGUUCGUCGGGGAUUUCCGGAGACUUAAACGGUCAAAGGGAUCAACUUGCGGCGAUCUUGGAGGAGCGGUGAGUCUUAGAGAGGCUGAAGCGAAGGAGGUCGACUUUUAGGGCUGAGGUGAGUCACCGGAUCAAUUUUCCCUUUUCUAGAUCUCCGGUGCUCUCUUCACGGCGGCGGCGCGUGACUCAGUGGGAGACCUCCUCCACCUUGGAUCUAUCGUCUGGAGUGGCGGUGUGGCAAACGGAGGAGUGGUGCGUCGGUCCGUAGAAAAUGGUCUGGUCCCCGGUUUUCGUGGACAGCGCGUCGUGGGUUUUAGCCUCAUCGGAGGAGUCUACCGGAGGGGUGAAACCUGCAGCAGGUACGCGGUGGCUCUCCAUAUCCCAGCGUCGCGACGAUGUAAGUGUCGGGGUCGACGGUGGAGUUUCACACCAUUGGAAACUGUGCUUGCUGUUCCGGUUACGUUGCGGUCGUCAAGGUCCGACUUUUCAGUACGGGUUUAUCUCGUCUUUUGGCUAAGGAGCGGACAUUUGAUCUCGGAGGUGUGGAUUGUUCAUCAGUGUAGCGUCGCAAGGCGAAGAAGCAUUAGGCCGGUUUUGUCACUCCAAUCAUUCGGAGCUUAAUGCAACGGGCUGUUUCAAGGAACUGGUUGUAUAGUCUGUCAUCUUCGAGCUCUCAGUGUUGUCGUCUCGUAUGGUCUAAUGUAGGGGUCUAAGAGACUGCUUUCCUUGAGUCGUAAGGGCAGUAUGUUCUCAGUGGGGUGAAAAUACAACUGAGAUUUACAUCGGGUAGCAUAGGAUCCAAUGAAGUGAUUCUAGGUGAUACUAGAUUACUCAGUUGUAAGUGUGGUUGAAUCACUAUUGUGGUGAAAAUCAUGUAUUCCCUUUGGUUGGUUAAUGACAAGUUGAAGUUGAGUUAAAAAAAAAAAAAAAAAAAGGACUAUCUAUCUAUGUAGGAUGGUUUUGGUGACUGUGCCUAAAAAUCGAAACGGUGUCGUUUCUCUCUGAAGUUUUCGUCCGGUAUGGUCCCGACAACCUCAGCUCAUGCUUUUUCUCUUCACUUUUUACGUUUUUUACCUACGGAACGUGAAGCUUGUACCCUUCACUCUCUAAUUACUAUCCUACCCUUCCCGUUGUCCAUUGUUUAAACAACAAAUCUCUUAAAGAAAUACUCAAAUUAACUAAAACAAACAGGAAUAUAAAUAGAAGAAAUUAAGUAUACAGGUAAAAAUGCUCAUGUUCCUUUUCUAAGCAACGAAAAGUAAACUCCACUGUGUGAACUCUCUUAAAAUUUAUCAUAGGAGUAAAAAGCUAAACAUUUAAUUUACCAUCACAAGGUUUUAAACUAGGGGUGAUUACGUCAAUUCACUCAAAUAGACUUUAAGGAAGCAUGAACCCAUCCAUAAAAAGCUACGUAUCGCUCGUUAGCAACAAACCCAAAUCCAAACAAGAAAAAAAGCUGCAAACCCCCCCCCCCCCAAAAAGCUUUCUUUCUCUCUGCUUUCAUGGCGACUUCUCAUCUUCACCUCUUUCUCUUCUUCCUCUUCACUGCUCCGUCCACCGUCUGCCAAGAAAACAACGACUACGCGCCGCCUCAACUCCCCCCAUCGGAACAAGAAGCCGUCUACCGAGUCCUCAACUCCGUCAACCCCUCCAUCCCGUGGCGAACCACCUUCCCAGACGACCUCUGCGCCUCCCCAUCAGACGGCGUCGUAUGCGACUACCCCGACGCUUCCUCAUCAACCUCUCUCCACGUCACCGAGCUCCACUUGGGCUACGUCUCGGACUACACGCAGAACCCUCCUUGCUCUUCCAACUCCACUCUCGACCCUCUCCUCUUCACUUCUUUCAAACACCUCCGCAAGCUCUUCUUCUACAAAUGCUUCACCGGAGCUCCCGCCUCCUUGCCGGAAACCAUCCCGGAGGAGUUCGGCUCGGUUCUCGAAGAGCUCGUCUUCAUCGAAAACCCCUCUCUUUCCGGCGACGUCGGCGUCUUGAUCGGUAACUUCACCAAACUAAGAAGACUAGUGUUAACCGGAAACGGCUUUCACGGUUCGAUUCCAAACCGAAUCUCCGGUUUAGUCAGUCUAGAAGAGAUCACCCUCUCUAGAAACAGCUUAACCGGAGGCUUUCCGGCGACGUCACGUCUGAAGAAUCUCAAAGUCCUCGACUUUAGCCAUAACUCUCUCACCGGAAACGCCCCUGACUCCAUCGGAGACUUAACCGAGCUUCUCAAGCUGGACCUCAGCUACAACGCCUUCUCCGGCGAGAUCCCUCCCGGAGUCGGAAAGUUGAAAAAGCUCGAGUUUUUGGAUUUGAGCUACAACCGUUUCGGGAACUACGGCGUUCCUCUGUUUCUAGCCGAGAUGCCGAGUCUUAAAGAGGUUUACCUGAGCGGUAACCUCCUCGGAGGACGCAUCCCUGAGAUUUGGAGGAACCUCGAGGGUAUUUCCGGAAUUGGGUUUUCGAGGAUGGGUCUACAUGGGAACAUUCCAGCUUCGAUGGGGUCGAGUCUCAAAAGCCUUUGGUAUCUUGCGCUUGACAACAACAACCUCGAGGGUUCAAUUCCUAUAGAGUUUGGUCUUUUGGACUCUGCUCGUGAGAUCAACCUUGAGAACAACAAUCUCACGGGUCAAGCUCCGUUCUCAGAUGGUUUCAGAGAUAGAGUUGGGAAGAAGCUUAAACUGAGCGGGAACCCGUAUCUCCUUUUGGUUAAAGAGUCAGUUCCUCCUCUAGCCGGGGAAGUUCUCUCUUCGUCGGCGGUAAGGGCUUUGGCGUCGGUUUGCUUCCCAGCGGUUUUUAUGGUUCUUUACAUUUUGAUGAAACAGUGAAAAGAGAGAGGGAGAAGGAACAGAGAAUAGGUUAGAGAAAAAGUUUUAAUUAGGGGGUAAAGUUUUAGUUUUUUGGAUGUAAUUAUUAGUCUACGGCGUAAUGAAUUUAUCUUUUACUAUUACAAAAUCAAAAGUCUCGAUCUUUUGUCUUCAGACAUUUAUGUAACGGAACCAGUAUCAUCAGACAUUUUAUCAGUUUUAGAUC